AGCUGAUCCCUCUCCCCUCCGUAUUGGUGCAUUCAGCCCCCUGCUCAUCAGGACAGGACGUGCAUAGAGAGAGAGAGAGAGGGGACUGGACCGGGAGGCAGACCCCAGAGCGACUCAUGUUUCGCAGGGCUGGGAACCCGUUGGCUAUGGACUUGAGUUGAGAUUUUGUGUUUUGUAGUUUUGAAAAGCAAUCAGGAGGCUGGCGGCCUGGCCUCUUUGGUACAAUGCUCCUGGAUUCCAGCCGUCACAGUAGCAGGCACGAUUCUAGGAGUUACUCUGUACGCCAAGACACAUCCACCUUGCAUCCCUGGACAAAGCCUGGAGUUGAGAGUUUGAAGUGAGCGGACCACUGGGAGAAAGUGUGUACGAGGGACAUUGGCCAGAACGGAGUUGUCUGCGAGCUCUUAAACGGAAGCUGAUUCUCCUUGACGGAAGUCCCUUAGGACGUACUGUAGGAAUAACUUGUCCAUUUUCUUUUUUGGGGGGCUUUUUCUCGUUUUGUACUUUUUGAAUCCUUUGACAUUGCCAAUAUGAUGAUCAAGGAGGCCUCGUUAAGGGAGGAUCCCGACUUGCGAGGCGAACUGGCCUUUUUGGCACGAGGCUGUGACUUUGUUCUUCCGUCACGGUUCAAGAAAAGGCUCAAGUCUUUCCAGCAAGCCCAGAUCCAGCCUGAGAAGAAACCUGGAACACCUCCUCCAGCUCUAGCACCUGCACCCUCCUUGCCAAUCCCACGGCCGCCCAGCCCUCCGCCAGCCAAAGUAGUGGCCACACCCCCACCCUCCUCCAUAAACAUUCCACGCUUCUACUUCCCCAAAGGUCUUCCAAACUGUGCACCCAACUAUGACGAGGCCAUUGCCAAAAUCGAGGCGGCCUUCACAGAGUUCGAGGAGGAGAAAGCUGACAUUUAUGAAAUGGGGAAGAUAGCAAAGGCUUGCGGGUGUCCCCUCUAUUGGAAAGCACCAAUGUUUAUUUGCGCUGGUGGAGAGAGGACAGGUUUUGUUUCUGUUCACUCAUUCAUUGCAACAUGGAGAAAGUUAUUACACAGCUGCUAUGAUGAUGCAUCCAAGUUUGUUUACUUGCUGGCUAAACCAGGCUGCAAUUACCUGGAACAAGAAGAUUUCAUCCCUCUGUUACAGGACAUCGUGGACACUCAUCCAGGGCUGACGUUUUUAAAAGAUGCUCCUGAAUUCCAUUCCCGGUACAUCACAACAGUGAUUCAAAGAAUAUUUUACACAGUUAAUCGCUCUUGGACAGGCAAAAUCAACAUGACAGAGCUCAGGAGAAGCAACUUCCUCCAGACUCUCGCCUUGCUGGAAGAAGAGGAUGACAUCAAUCAAAUCACUGAUUAUUUCUCUUAUGAGCACUUCUAUGUCAUUUACUGUAAGUUCUGGGAGCUGGACACUGACCAUGACCUCUUCAUCGACCCCAAGGAUCUGGCCAGGUACAAUGACCAUGCCUCAUCAAGCAGAAUCAUUGAGAGGCUGUUCUCAGGAGCUGUCACAAGGGGAAACUCGGUUCAGAGAGAAGGCAGAAUGAGCUAUGCUGAGUUUGUUUGGUUCCUCAUUUCUGAGGAGGACAAAAAGAAUCCCACAAGUAUAGAGUUCUGGUUUCGCUGUAUGGAUAUGGAUGGAGAUGGUGUUCUGUCCAUGUUUGAACUGGAGUUUUUCUAUGAGGAGCAGUGUGAACGCAUGGAGGGGAUGGGCAUUGAACCACUGCCUUUCCAGGAUCUCCUGUGCCAGAUGCUGGACUUAGUUAAACCAGAAUGCCCUGGUAAAAUUACUCUUCGAGAUCUGAAGCGCUGCAGGAUGGCACAUAUAUUCUACGACACAUUCUUCAAUCUGGAGAAGUACCUGGACCAUGAGCAGAGAGAUCCCUUUGCAGUGCAGAAGGAUUUGGAUAGUGACGGUCCAGAGCCCUCCGACUGGGACAAGUAUGCUGCCGAAGAGUAUGAGAUUCUUGUGGCAGAGGAGACGGCCAAUGAACAGCUACGAGAGGGAUCUUUUGACGACGAUUACGAGUCCGAUGAGCUCACGGUCUCCUCAGACAUUGGAAAUAAAAUGGAUAAGCUGGUCAUAUCUGAUUUAUCGGCAUAAGUUGCCGUUUUUGUCUACACACCAUGAUGUUGAACGGAUAACCACCAUGCCAUAUUUUCCCUCACACGUCAAAAAGGGAAAACAUUUUUCUACAUUUCAUUAAGGACAUUUGUGUGUGUGUGCAUGUGUGCAAUAGAACUAAUUCUAAAACCAAAAGGCUUCAGACACCCACAAAAAGGCUUUAUGUGCAAUAUGUCUUAACAUGUAAAUGUAAACUCAGUGUUUUUCACUCUCUGACAGUCACAUCCACUCCCCUCAAACUAAACUGCCGGCUGGUUCCAUCCACCCUUCACAAAGACUUUGAUGUGAAACAAAAUUACUUUUUAGUAACUUUAGAAAGAGUUUAGAAUGUGCUUUAAUGUGAGUGAAACUAUAUGUAAUGCUGCCAUAUAUUUUGGGAGAACUCGAGAGACUUUAUUCUUGUGUGGCACGUAACUCACCGAAACUAGUUCUCUCGUACUAAAUCAGACAUUAUUUAAUCAUGAGAUCAGCACAUGUCCUUAUGCUAUGCUGUGUUGCACAUUAUGUUUAAGGGACGUGGCAACGGUGCAAAAGUGUUGCUCCCAGUGGUCACUGAUGGUAUUGCAUGUUGUUGCUUAAAGAAAAGACAAAGUUGUGACUUUUACAGAGUGUUUGAACUUAAGACAGCAAACCUCCAUUAACAUAUUUCCAGACAAACUGACCAGGACAAUCUUAAGACUUGAAAGUACUUUUUGGAAAUAUAUAAUGUGUUGAAAUGGUCAUAUCUUUUUCAAGAAAUGUAAACAUGAAAUAUAUAUAAAUUCAUCAUGCUUUUCAUUUUCGGUGUACAGAGACAUUUGUCCUAUAGCAUUUUGUGUAUUUAAUUCACCUGUAAAGAGAGCAGUAAAGCACUAUUUAUUUGGCUUGGGCAUUGUUAACUCACUGUUUCAGAUUAUACAGAAGGCCACAGUCCUUCUGACUCCUGGUUGACCACUCAAUCAAAAUUCAGUGCUCAUGUACUCUCUUCUACUGUUGACUCAUGCAAUGUACAACGAAUUGCAAAAAUAACCAUCUCAAACUGUUCUGCCAUUGGUCAGUCAGCUAAUCCCACCCCAAACACCACAGAGCAACAGUGUUUACAGGGAAACCAACAUACGCUUGCUUAUAGUUCUCUGCCAUUAAACUGCGAAAUUGGAGAAAGUGUUUAACUAUCCAAAAUGACACAAUUCAGCUUUAACGAGUGACUGUCUCUUAGUGCUGGCCAGCCUGAUCAGUGUUUUACAAAUGUCUCUCUGUGUGCCUCCACUCCGUCACACUCUUUGGUUUAUGUAAUUAGUGUAAUAUAUUUAUAUAUGUGAAGUGGUUUUGUUUGUUUUUGUUUGGCCAGCCAUUUUCAUGGUUUACCAGUAGCUUUUUCUUGUACUGUAGUCUAGCUUCUUUUUUUUUUUGACCUAGGACAUUUAGUUUAUAUAGCCACUGUAAAUGUCUUUGUAUUUUAUUUUUCCCAUGUUAUUGACUCUACCACUGAGUGGUAGGGGAUGUUUAAAUUAUGAUAUAUCUCUAACUGCCAGUGUUAUAUAAUGUGCAUUAAGCUAAGUGGGCAGGGGCUUUAUGAAGGAAUUCAAUAUGAAUUCAUUGACAGGUGACAAUCAACUGGACAUGUUUCUGCGAUUAAUGACAUGCAAGUAGCACUUCUUAGAGAGAAAAAAAACUGAGCAAUACAACUGCUGUAGUGUUACACUUUUAUCAGGACUAUUAGAUAUUGAGAUAAAAACACAAAGCUGAAACUAAACUUGACUAAUGCUACACUCCUGGUUCAUAUUUAUCACUAGCACAUUGACACUAUGCAAAUCUGAUUUUCUGGACAGCUAUUGGCAGCUUCAGAAGCUGUAAACAACAAAACUUGUUAGUGUGCAAUUUUUUUUCUUCUUCUUUUUAUCUUUUUUUUUGUGUUUUAUAUCUUUCCAUGUGUUCUUUUUUUUCUUUUGGACUUAUGUCUUGCUUGCAGAUGGUGAAAGAUGGGACUUAAGUGGCGUGAUCUCUUAAGUGCUUUGAUGAGAUGGCUCUGGUGUUCGCAUGAAUUUUCCCUUUUUUCUUUUGGAAAAUUAUGAAAACAAAUAAAAAUUUAAAUUCAUGCAAUGACUAC